UCUCUCUCUCUCUCUCUCUCUCUGUGUUUCGGAUUUUACUUGUAUGGUGAAUGCUCACUGUUUCUUUAUCUUUUGAAAGUCGACAACGAGCCAUUGUCACUAUACCACGCUUGCUUGAGUGCAACUUCAAUGUCGAAGUUCAUGGCUGCUCCAAAUGCAAAUUUAAAUUCGAAUUCAAAUCCAAAUCCAAAUCCAAAUCCAAACAACUCCUUUGAGGUCGCUCAACCUCCAAACGACUCCAUAUCAAGCCUAAGUUUCAGUCCCAAGAGCAACAUUCUGGUCGCCACCUCCUGGGACAACCAGGUGCGAUGCUGGGAGAUACACCAGAGCGGAACAAAUCUUGUCAGUCAGCCCAAGGCAGCGAUAUCCCAUGACCAUCCGGUUUUGUGCUCAACUUGGAAAGAGGAUGGAACAACUGUGUUCUCUGGAGGUUGCGACAAGCAAGUGAAGAUGUGGGCUUUGGGUGGCCAACCAGUAACGGUUGCCAUGCAUGAUGCACCCAUUAAAGAGAUUGCUUGGAUCCCUGAGAUGAGCCUCUUAGUCACAGGAAGCUUGGACAAGACUAUGAAGUAUUGGGAUGUGAGGCAGCCAAAUCCAGUGCAUACACAACAACUACCUGAGCGCUGUUAUGCUCUAUCAGUGAGAUACCCUCUAAUGGUUGUUGGCACUGCAGACAGAAAUCUGAUUGUUUUUAACUUGCAGAACCCACAGACUGAAUUCAAGAGAAUUCUUUCGUCCCUAAAGUAUCAAACAAGGUGUGUUGCUGCAUUUCCUGAUCAGCAAGGAUUCUUGGUUGGCUCUAUUGAAGGGAGGGUUGGUGUACAACAUCUGGAUGAAAAACAAAAUGAUAAAAACUUUACCUUUAAGUGCCAUAGAGAGGGCACCAGGAUAUACUCAGUCAACUCUCUGAACUUCCAUCCAGUGCAUCACACAUUUACUACUGCUGGUUCUGAUGGUUCUUUCACUUUUUGGGAUAAGGAUAGCAAACAGAGACUAAAG